AUGGCAAUCCCGAUUGCAUCUCCAACGGCCUCUCCCCUUCGCUUGCUACCAGGCGUCCAAAACCUACAGCAGAAUUCUCCAUAUACUGACGUGUAUACAAAUGCCGCCAUAUCUCCUCUUCGUACUCGAUCAAACAUUCGGCAUUUACGGGACGAAACUUCACAUUCCCACCCAGAACCCCAGCGUUGGCAAAACCCCGGAGGUUGGGGUGCCCGGCAUAUAAAUGACCACGCACCAUUCACACUCUGGAGCGAAGAAGAACGCAAGUUUCGUUCCCCCACGAAGGAUGAGUUUGCCUGGAUCCAUAACAUGUCUGGGGCUAGUGGCAUGUUCAUUGGCGGAUGUCUGCUUUGUAUUACAACAACCUGUCCACCGAAACCAAUUCCGCUAACUAUCGGAACAAUGCCAGCGAUUUUCCGACGCCCCGAAGAGCCAUUCAAUCACCCAACCCUACUCCCUGAAUCAGGCUAUUCAAACCCCCGGAUUUCAGAUCCAUGCCCUUCUCUGAGGUGGCCUCCUAUGACAGAUCCAACCACUACUCAGAUGAUGAUGGUCUUAGAAGCAAUGUCGGAGGUUGCAAAUGUUGUUGCUGCCACCUUUUUCCCCAGCUGGACUGUGUUUGAGCUUGAGACUUCUGACAACCGAAGUUAUGGGUUAAGUUCCCUACCAGGUGUCGUGGCAGGCCACACUGCCCUGUAUCACCAUAAGGCUACACCAUUCCUUCCCCCACUACGAAGCCCGACUCGCCCCCGCUUGGUUGUCCCUAACCCAGACCAAGCUAUUGAAGACCUAACGAACUACCUCCAAAAUUCUCCAAAUCUGACCCCAGGUUGUAGAGUCGAGAGUGGUCUUAAUCAAUCAGGCCGCUCAACUACCUCUGCAAAUGCCUCUGCAACCGCCUCCGCAACGGCCGCUACAACAUGUGGCGUCAAAAUCUGCAAUUCUAUGGGUGAAGAAGCCCUCACUGUGGCCCAUCAUGGAUUUUUACACUCAACCGAUGUUUAUCACCCAUCUACACACGGAGGGGACUUCAUUGGAGAAGUAACUGAUUCUCGACCAGAGCUUAAUGUUGGCCUAGUAAAAUUUACGCCUGCCGCUUCGGCCAGAUUUACAAACUCUUGCUACUUCCAAGCUGCACCCCCAACCUGCAUCCUUGAAGGCUCCAAGGUAUCGGCAGGCUCGUGGAGCGAGGUAGACGGAAUGAGUUCAGGGAUGAUUAGCUUGAUGAAGGAGGCUCGCAGGAUCAUGCGCCCACCACGUCCGACUGGUCACCCCGCAGUCCUCUUUACCCAAUGGAACACCGGAAUCUUGUAUCGUGUGUUUGGAAAUAUCAGUAACCGGAUAUCAGAUGGCAUUUGUGGUGCCCCAAUCGUUGAUGUCAACUCUAGUGGAGUCGCUGGAUUUUUCCACCGGAGUGAUGAGGGAACCUAUUGCUACAGUGCGGAGCUUGAUGAUCUUGUGGCUGAGGAAUGGAAUAUUGUUCAGUAG